CUUUGCUUCCGCAAGAAGAGCAAGAAAAACAAACUGCUUGGUUUAUAAGUGUGCGAGCACAUAAUACUGAGUUUAUGGAAGGGAUAAAGAAAUGGCUUCAUGAUACAAAGGGAAACUCUCAGAGUAAAAAUCAGGUGUCUGAGCUUGAUUUGCCUCAGUUAAAUCCAGCUGAUGUUAAAUCUUCUGAUGUAUUACCUGCUGGAAAUGGUUCUGGUGCUUCUAGGCACACCGGGAAUGUUGGUAAAGGUGCUGCAAUAGAUGAUGUUAAUCCAAGUGAUAGCAUCUCUAAUGUUGGAAACAGAAGUGGUAGGAAAAGCAAAUCAUCACUCAGUGGCUCUAUGGUUUCAUCUGCCUUGUCAGCACGCAUAACGGCAGAGGCUGACAUGGCUGCCCUUCUUGUUCGACAGAGGUUGUUGAAAGAAAAGCAUGCUUUGGAAGAACAAGAAAUACAGCUUAAGAAAAGAAAGGAGCUGCUUGACUUAGAAACUGAAAUAGCAGCCUCAGCAGCAAAGGUAAAUGUUUUGAAAGCUUCUGAGAUGUCCCGAGUCUCAAGUGCCGUUAAUGGUAAAUCUGAUGGAAUGAAUUCGUAUUUAGAACGAGAGCAGGGGCAUUUAGGCGUUUUAAAUCCUAAUGCUCCGAUGUUCAAACCUGUGUUACCAGAGCGACCAUAUCAGGGUGUUGAUGUAAGUGAUCAUCAAGCGCAGGUAUUGGAUGUAAGGCCUAAGGUUAAAAAUAUUUCUCAGCCCAAGGUCAUUUCAUUGGAACAGUCAGAGACGAAGCCACAAGUGUUUCCAGGUGUAGUUUCGACUACUCAGAUGAUGUCGCAGUCUCACGUACAAUCAAAACAUCUUACACAUACAGAGCAAGGUAGUGAGGGUCAUGAUCAUCUAGUCACCGUUUUGAAGAAACAAAAUGAAAUUACAACUUUAUUGGCUGAGCAGCAGUCUGUUUUUGCUACCAAGGCGUGACAUUCAGUUCUUUGAUGGCGAUCCUUUGCAAUAUCAAACAUUUAUGAGAGCUUUUGAGCACAUGGUGGAGAGUCAAGCUCACAGUGCGAAGGAUUGUUUAUAUUUUCUCGAGCAAUACACUAGAGGCCAUCCAAGAGAAAUGGUCAGAAGCUGUCAGUAUAUGCCUGCUGAGUAUGGAUAUGCUAAAUCUUUGCUCCAGGAGAACUUUGGCAAUUCGCUGAAAAUUGCUGCUGCCUACAUUGAAAGGGUCAGUAAAUGGCCUUCUAUAAAAUCUGAUGAUGUGAAGGCUUUGCAGGAAUAUGGGUUCUUAUUAAGGCAAUGUUGCAAUGCAAUGGGAGACGUUGAGUCCUUGCAUGAGUUGGAUGUCUCUGCUAACAUGCAAGCAGUUAUAAAAAAGUUGCCUUAUAAGCUCAGGGAUAAAUGGAGGAAUGUUGCCUGCGAUCUGCAGGAGAGGUUUCAACAUAAAGUGGGUUUUAGCGAUGUUGUUGAGUUUGUUGAAAAGCAAGUUAAGAUCGCAAGUGACCCAUUGUUUGGAGACGUAAAGGAUCCUCCAACAGCCAUCAGACAGGAGGCGAGGAAUGUUAAGUCUCAGUUUUACCCCAAGGCUAAGAAGAGUAGUUUUGCUACUACAGUGGCCAAGGUGGAAGGGAAGAUUGAGCCAGCGUUGAGGCGAGAGAGUGGUUCAGUUGUGACCAAGGUUUGCUUGUUUUGUGGAGCAGGACAUAUGUUGGAUUUGUGUCCUUCAUUUGAAAGAAAGUUGCACUGUGAAAGAUUAUCUUUUUUGAAAGAGAAUGGUGUGUGUUUUGGUUGUCUGCGCAUUGGGCACAGAAGCAAGGACUGCAGGAAACGUCUCUUGUGUAAAGUCUGUAAUCAGAAACACCCCACACUCUUACAUAUCCACUCCAAGCAGAGGGAAAGUGUUUCAGUGCAAACUAUAGGAGGGGGAGAACCACCAGAUGAAGGUCCUUCAUUUGCUGUGCAAAGCAGUGGUGUUACUGGGGCCGGUGAGCAAAAUAGUGCUCUAGCCAUAAUACCAGUUAGAGUGAAGUCCAAGAAAGGUAAUCAGUCACUGAUAACAUAUGCUUUCCUAGAUCCUGGGAGCUCAGCUUCAUUUUGUACUGAAGGGCUCAUGAAUAGGCUGAAUCUUUCAGGAAGGAAAACUGGCAUUCUGUUGCGGACAAUGGGUCAGGAGAAAAUGGUCAGUAGCUAUGUUGUUUCAGAUUUGGAAGUAGCUGGUUUGGAUUUAGAUCACUACUGUGACAUGCCUGACUUAUUUACUCAGAAAAGCAUGCCUGUUCAACAAUGCAAUAUUCCCCGACAGGAAGAUCUGGAUAGAUGGCCACAUUUGCACCAUAUUAAGAUACUGGAGAUAAAUUCCGGGGUAGACCUGUUGAUCGGGACCAAUGUGCCCAAGGCUCUAGAGCCAUGGGAGGUUGUUAGAAGUCAGUAUGGAGGUCCCUAUGCUGUAAAAACUAUGCUGGGUUGGACAGUGAAUGGUCCUCUCAGAGAGGAUCAUAAGACUGACAUUUUUGAUGUGAGUGUCAAUAGGAUUUCCGUGGCAAAAUUGGAUGAGCUGUGGGAACGUCAAAUGAAGGCUGAUUUUCCAGAAUGUAUUCAGGAUGAGCGGUUUGCUUUGUCUAGAGAAGAUCAGCACUUUAUGAAGUCAGUGAUGGACUCUGAGUUGGUUGAUGGUCAUUAUACCAUUGGUUUACCUUUUAGGUCCAAUCAGGUAAAAAUGCCAAACAAUAAGAAGGCUGUAGAACAGCGAAAUAUGAGCCUUAAACGGAUGUUUAUCAAGGAUGAUUCCUGGUUGCCAGGGCCAAAGCUUCUUGCUGAACCAGAAUUUAAUUGGCCAGGGAACCUUGAUUUUGGAAAGAUCUCUUUAAAUGAUCCACAGAUUAAAAUGGCCGUUUUAGUUAAUGCUGUUGGUGCAAAUGAACACAAGGGGGCAUCAAUCAGGGACAUUAAGAAGGCCUACAGAAAGAUGGCUUUGCAGUUACACCCUGACAGGAACCAAGAUGACCCGCAAGUCCUGGACAAGUUCGCAGACUUGCGGGCAGCCUAUAAGGUCCUCUCAGAUAAGGAGAAAAGGAAACAGUCUGACAUGUAUGGAGAGCACGGGCUCAAAGAGGGUCACCACAGCUCUCACAGCAAUAUCUUCUCCAGCUUCUUUGGUGACUUUGGGUUCAUGUUUGGUGGCAACCGACAGCAACAGGACAGGAAUAUUCCCAGAAGAAAUGACACAAUACCAGACCUGAAGGUUACACUGGAAGAAGUGUACUCUGGGAACUUUGUGGGUGGCAAACCUGAGUUGAAAGAGGCAGUGGAAGGAUGGAAUUGGGUACAGACGCAUGAGAUGCUGCUGCAAAAGGGCAUAAAGUGGAUUUUUAAUCCCCCUGCUGGUUCCCAUCAUGGCGGUGUUUGGGAACGUCUCAUAAGGUCUGUCAGGAAGGUGUUAAAUUCUGUUGUGAAAAUGCAGAACUUGGAUGAUGAAGGCCUUUGUACGGUUCUUUGUGAGGCAGAGGCUAUUGUGAACAGUAGGCCAAUAACCAAAGCUUCUACUGAUCCUAAUGAUUUGGAGGCCUUGACUCCUAACCAUCUGUUGCUGCUUAAGACCAAGCCAUUGAUGCCACCAGGAGUGUUCCAGAAGGGGGACGUGUAUGGACGACGUCGAUGGAGGCAAGUACAGUACAUGUCUGACCUGUUCUGGAAGCGCUGGGUUAAGGAGUACCGGCCCCAGCUUCAAGAGCGUCAUAAGUGGCAGAGAAUCGGACGGAACUUCAUUCCUGGGGACGUGGUUAUCGUUGUCGAUGAUUCUGCGCCUCGUAACUCUUGGGUGACUGGUAGAGUUGUGGAAGCAAUUUCUGACGGUAAAGGACUUGUACGUCGGAUUCGUGUUAAAACGAAGACUGGUUGUUUGGACAGGCCGAUCACUAAAGUGUGUCUUCUACAGGAAGCAGAAGAAUCAUAAAGACUGACUUUUUCAGAUGUUUAUUUGUAUUAAUGUGUAUUUGCUUAUUUGAAUUGAAAUUGUAUUUUGAAUGUUUGAUGAAAGAUUGAUUAUGUUUAUUAAUAUGUCUCCUACAUAAGUAAGUAUGAGGUAAUUAUUGCUCUAAAAUAAUUA